CUCUUGUUAUAGCUCUCACCUUGCUCGCUCACCCAUGCAACACGGUACCAUUCGCUCCAUUAGAAGGGAUCACCAGCGUCAUAGCCGUCAAUCUUCUAGUGUUGCAGGAUUUCUUUCUCACCAUGCUAGUAGAACGAAUUCCGUUAUGACGGAAGUGACUCCUCUGCUUGACGCUGCAGGUGAGAAGUAUAUCACACCGCUCCCAAGGCUGCCCAUGGCCAUUCUGGCAUUAGCAAUCUUUAGCGAGCCCGUUUCUUCCACCAUUUUGUUGCCCUUUAUAUAUUUCAUGGUGAGAGACUUUCAUGUCACUGAGGAUGAGAAGUCUAUUGGAUUUUAUGCAGGAACCAUUGCAUCUGCGUACUUCCUUGCUCAGUUCCUUACUUCAAUUCCAUGGGGUUCAUUGUCUGAUCGCUAUGGGCGACGCCCAGUUUUGUUGAUUGGACUUAUCGGAAAUACAAUCACUAUGAUCAUGUUUGGCCUAUCACCAAAUCUGGCCAUGGCCGUCCUUUCUCGUUGCUUAUGCGGAGCUUUGAAUGGCAACGUUGGUGUCUCCAAAAGUGUUCUUGGAGAAAUCACGGAUUCAACAAACCAACCCAUGGCUUUUGCUAUGUUUGGCUUCUGCUGGGGUGUUGGUGGUAUAGCCGGGCCUGUCCUAGGUGGAUUGCUCGCUAACCCAGCAACUCAAUUCCCUGACAUCUUUGGCGGUAUUCCUCUGCUCGUCAAAUUCCCAUAUUUCUUGCCAUGUUUCAUUUCAGCCGUUAUCUCGGUCGUUGGCUUGUUCAUGACGUUUUUCUACUUUGAAGAGACCAAUCCUAACCUUCGAGAUGACUAUUCUCGACCUCCUUCCAUUACUGAGUCCUUGCUGUCUAUCGUGGACCCUAAGCUUACACAAACUUUGUCUAACAUGUUUGGAAGCUACGACGCUUUUCCUCGCCGCUUUUCCAUCGCUGGAAACGACCAGAUUGCCGGUGUGGAGAUUCAGCCUCAAGAAUCGUUUUACAAACAAAUCAUGGAGGAGUAUGGUAACAAUGUAGCAACCAAUUCUAACUCUAUGGCCGAACUUGUUUCUGGCUACGGAAUGGUACAACCUGUCAUGGAUCUACCCGAAAUGGUGCGAACAGUCACGCAGUCGACUAUGGCAGGAAGCAACUACCCACAAGAAGUCGAGUAUCAUGCAAAUUAUGGCGAGAUUAAUCCCAACAACAUGGAUGAUGCCAUGCGUUAUUGUGUCAUGACUGAAACGGAACAAGAAACGAUUUUCAGCAAGGCAGUUCCUGAAAGCGAAGUGGCAGUCUUUUCGCUGUCGCUUUACCUGCCAUUGGCGGCUUGGGCUGGACAUCGCCCGACCUGGCUAUCUCCUUGGCUAUUAUGGGUGUCGUCCAACUAUUUGCUCAAUUCGUCCUAUACCCCAUGGUUAAUGCCCGCAUAUCCACAAUGGCUUUGUAUCGUAUGAGUCUGGUCUUGUACAUUCCCUUGUAUAUGUCUUGUCCAGUCAUCAGUCAUUAUGGCGACGUAUGGGGCGAGGAGGGAGCCAGACUUGUGUGGUACUUGAUGCUUCUCAAUUUGACCGUUCGAUUUACGCUUUCGACCUUCAGCUACACUGCCGUCAUGCUUAUGGUCAAUAAUUCGGCUCCGGUAGAUCAAUUGGGAACCGUCAAUGGUGUCGGCCAGACAAGUGUCAGCUU